UGUCCAGCCGCUGUGGUCGUCCGAACGCACCCAAACAGUUUUUUUGCUUAUACGAUUUACGAAUACGAAUACGCAAACCUAUAUACUGUGACAAAGACGACUUCGCUGUAAAGUUAUUGAAAUAUAAUAUAAAACCACUUUUAAUAAUAUAAUAUGGAUGUAAAGCAAGAGAUUAGUGAGGAAACUUAUGGAGCAGAAAUAUUUUAUAAUACUGUUGGUAAUGAUCCUCUUUUGGACUUGGACACCUGUAAAAUUGAACUUCAGGAAGAAUAUAAGAAAGAGGGUAUCCAUGAUACAUUUGUUUGUUCAAAUGUAUCACAAUUCCCUAUAAAGAUUGAAGUAAAACAACAUGAAAGUGAAUUGACAUCAGUUGAAGAAAUACAAACAAAUGAAAAAGGGUUUUUCCAAGAAGAGGGCACAUUGAAAGUUAUGAAAAUGGAAAAUGUACAUUCACAUAAUAAAGACCAAUGUCUGAGUGGACCUACUGAAGAAAAAACAUUAAAAUGUGAAAUUUGUUUUAAGCAGUUUAGUCAAGCAGAUGUUUUGAAACAUCAUUUGAGAGUGCACACUGGAGAAAAACCUCACAAGUGUGAAAUUUGUUUUAACCAGUUUGUUACAGCAAGAAAUUUGAAAGUACAUUUGAGAGUGCAUGCUGGAGAAAAGCCUUAUAAGUGUGAAGUUUGUUUUAAGCAGUUCACUACAGGAAGCCUUUUGAAAAGACAUUUGAGAGUGCACACUAAAGAAAAGCCUUACAAGUGUGAAAUGUGUUCUAAGCAGUUUAUUCAAGCAGAUGUUUUAAAAAAUCAUUUCAGAGUGCAUACUGGAGAAAAACCGUACAUAUGUGAAAUUUGCUUUAAACUAUUUUCCCAGGCAGGUCAUUUGGAACAACAUUUAAAAGUACACUCUGGAGAAAAACCUUACGAGUGUGAAAUUUGUUUUAGGAAGUUUAGUCAAGCAUAUAAUUUGAAAAAACAUUUGAGAGUGCAUACUGGAGAAAAGCCUUACAAGUGUGAAAUGUGUUCUAAGCAGUUUAGUCAAGCAGGUAUUUUAAAAAAUCAUUUAAGAGUGCAUACUGGAGAAAAACCAUACAAGUGUGAAAUUUGCUUUAAACUAUUUUCCCAGGCAGGUCAUUUGGAACAACAUUUGAGAGUACACUCUGGAGAAAAACCUUAUGAGUGUGAAAUUUGUUUUAGGAAGUUUGGUCGAGCAUAUCAUUUGAAAAAACAUUUGAGAGUGCAUACUGGAGAAAAACCGUACAACUGUGAAAUUUGUUUAAAAGAGUUUACUGCAGCAGAUAGUUUAAAAACACAUUUGAGAGUACACACUGGAGAAAAACCUCACAAGUGUGAAAUUUGUUUUAAGCAGUUUGCUGUGUCAAAUCGUUUAAAAAGACAUUUGAGAGUACACACUGGAGAAAAACCUUACAAGUGUGAAAUUUGUUUAAAGCAGUUUAUUACAGCAAUAAAUUUGAAAGUACAUUUGAGAGUGCAUACUGGAGAAAAUCCUAACAAGUGUGAAGUUUGUUUAAAGCAGUUCACUAGAGGAAGUCAUUUGAAAAUACAUUUGAGAGUGCACACUGGAGAAAAGCCUUACAAGUGUAAAAUGUGUUCUAAGCAGUUUAGUCAGGUAGGAGUUUUGAAAAAUCAUUUGAGAGUACACACUGGUGAAAAACCUUACAAGUGUGAAAUUUGUUUUAAGGAGUUUGCUAGAAAAAGUGAUUUAACUCAACACAUGAGAGUUCACACUGGAGAAAAACCUUAUAAGUGUGAAAUUUGUUGUAAGCAGUUCUCUCAACUAGGUAAUAUUAAACAACAUAUAAAAUGUCAUGCUGGUGAAAAGCCUUACAAGUGUAAAGUUUGUUUUAAGCAUUUUGCUCAUGCACGUUCUUUGAAAAAUCAUAUGAGAGUGCACACUGAAGAAAAAAUAUUUUAGUGAACAUGUAUUAAGUACUCUAAUGGCACAUAACAUAUCCCACCAGAAUGAAAACAUGUAUUAAGAAUGUAUUAAGUACUUGAACAUUCUUAUUUUUGUAACCGGCAACACUGCCAACAUUGGUUCUUCUUCUGCCCACAGCUGCCGUUGUGACAGCCGACAAUAAUGCAUGCGCAGAGAGAAAAAAGAAGAUUUUUUUUCUAACCUAAUACAGGCUGAUUAACUUCUGUGACAAUGUCCAAUAUAUCUGUUAUACAAUAUAUGAAAAAAAGUUGUUAAUAAAAGUUAUAGACACCUUUAAUGUACACAUUUUAAAAUUAGUGAGAAAUAUACAGGGUCCUCCAUAACACGGUGCCAAACCAAAGUUAUGUUUUUUUAAAUGGAACACCCUGUAUUUUAUUCAAAAUCUGGUUUCUCUACAUUUUUCUGAUUCUACAGAUAUAACACUUGUCUAGGGUUAUACUGAGUGUUUCAAAGUUACGAGCACUUUUAUUAAAAAAUCAUACUGAUUUGAUCGCCCUGUAUGUUUCUAACGGUGUAAUAUAAACUUAUUUUUUAAAUGCUUUUGACUGUCAAUAUUAAAGUAGUUUUGCAACAAUGUUCAAUUUUUUUAUCACUACACAAAUUGUAUACAGGGUAAGUCAAAAUGUAAAUACAAGAUUUUCUUCAUAAUUUUAAAUGGAACAGCGUGUAUUUUAUAUUAUUAUCGAAAAGUUCUAUCACUAUACUUACAUAUCUCUUAAAUAUUCCCUAUACCUAAAGUUAUUAGUUUUCGAGAUAUUUUAGUUUUAUUGUUGAUAACAACAUGUAUUAGUAUAAGAGCUGUGAGACAUUUUUGAGUAGGUAUUUUAGGCAACCUGAAAAAUUUUCAGGUGACUCUUCCAUGAUAGCCUAACACAAAAAUGCCGGUCUGGCUGGAGGGUAGCGGUUAUUUUCCCCAAAAAUCCCCCCCAAAGUUAAAAAAAGGGUAAAAAUUGUUAUUACAAAAAAUAUCACUGACGUGACUUUAAAGUAAAUUUAAAUAAUCAAUAAAGAAAAUAAACGGGCCAGGCGAUUUGAGGGCGAUUUUAACUCUGCAAGAUACUUGCAUGGGCGCCCCAGGAUUAUUUUCAGGGGAUGCAUCUGAACUUCAGAAGAUUUCAUCUGAAUCUGUACAUACUAUUAACGAGUAUAAAAUAUACAACUAUACAUGCAAAGCUAUGUAAAUUCUUUCCGGACAGGGAAGUACAAUUAUUAUUUUGACAGGGUAUUUUUUAAUAUUAAAAAUAAAUAUUCUGAAAAGACAGGUUUUUUUUUUGGUGAAAUUUUCCAACUGCCAUGUGAUCGAACAAAUUACGCGUGCAUAUAAAUGAAAAGCGCUAUAGGUAAGCAGGAGUGUGAGAAAGAGCGUAUACCGAUAGCUGUUUGCGUCCUCUGUUGUACCUGAGCGAGUCCGUUCGCUCGAGAAAAAUCACGUGACCUGGCGAUCCCAUGUUGUUGUGCCUCGAAACGUCAGAGUAAGUAUUAUAUAUUAUAGUUUUUUAAGUAACUUUUUCUUAAUUAAAGGAAAAUAAUACGUACUAUACAAUAGAUUUUGCAAAUAUGAUAGAAAAAGUUACUUAAAAAACUAUAAUAUAUAAUUAAUUAUAAGUAAGUAUUAUAUAUUAUAGUUUUUUAAGUAACUUUUUCUUAAUUAAAGGAAAAUAAUACGUACUAUACAAUAGAUUUUGCAAAUAUGAUAGAAAAAGACAGAUUUAUUAUUAUAAAUAUAUAGGUAGAAAAGUAUAAAAGUAUAAACUAAACUAAUUCUGUGUCCGAAUCUUGUACUUUUUCUUCAAACUCCUCAUCUGAGCUUAAAUAUUCACUGUCUUCUUCUUCGUCAGACUCCCCUCGAGACUCAGAUUCCUCUUCUACAUGAUCUGUAAAUAGUUGUAAUAUGUAUUUAUAAUUAAUUAAAAAUUAAUUAGCGAUAAUUUAAUUGAAUUACUACCUAUUCUCUGUCCUUUUAUACGGAGUCGAAGCCUGGACAAUCACGGGCGCAACUGAAGAAAGACUUUUGCCAUUGUUGAGAUGUGUUGUUAUUGAAUAAUGUAAAAAAAAUCAUGAACACAACACGUAACAAAAUACUCAAAAAUGUCUCACAGCUCUUGAACCAUAUUACUUAGUUAUUAAUAACAAUACAUUACUUUAUUAAAAUUUAUUAAAAAAACUAAAUUAAAUAAAAAAAAAUGUUCAACGUACUUCUUAUGUUAUAAAAGGUGGUGGACGAGUUUCGAAAAACCUACUGAUGUUUUUAAGCAUUUGUUGUGUGACACUUUGAAAGGCGUUUUAAUCCUUAUUUUCAUAUCGUCAACUAUUGUUGGAGGUGUCCUAUACACUACUUCUUUAAAUAACCCCAAAACAAGAAGUCAACUUCGUUUAAUUCUGGUGAUCUGGGUGGCCAGUGAACUGGCCCAUCUCUUCCUAUCCAUCUUUCAGGAAAUAGUUCAUCGAGUUCACUGUUGACAAGUGCGUUGUGGUGAGCAGGGGCUCCAUCAUGAAGGUACCACAUUAUUUUAUGUUGGCGGAUGUUUAAUGGUAUAUUUUCAAGUAGAAUAGGUAAAUGAUUCAUUAGAAAAUUUCAAUAAACCUCACCAUUUACCGAUUCCUCAAAGAAAAAAGGACCUAUAACGUAAUUGCCUAUGAUUCCACCCCAAACAUUUAAGGACCAUCUCGUUUGACUAAGUGUCUGAGCACAGUACGGAUUGGUUGUGGAAUAAUAAUGAAAGUUGUGUCUGUUUACACUACCAUUUUUGUGGAAUGCUGCCUCGUCUCAAAAAAAAAGAACAAACUCAAAAUCAAUCUCUCUGUAUAAUUAUUUGUUGUUGUGACCAUUGACAAAAUUGUACUCUUCGUUCGAAAUCAUCCCCAACAAGUUCCUGAUGUAAUUGUAUAUGUAUGAUAUGGGUGCAUGUUGUUUUUCUUGAGUAUGUUUUGAAUAGAUCCAUAACUUAUAUUUUGCUCUCUUGUAAUAUUUUGAAUACUUGUAUGAGGAUUUUCUAUAACAGGCAGUAAAACAUUUAAUUCAUUUUCAUCCGUAAUAAUGAUUUUUGUUUUUUCCUUUGCUUCAUAAACAGAACCAGUACAAUGAAACCUGUCUAAAAAGUUGUCAAAUGCUCUCUUAUUUGGUUGUUGACGCUAUGGACACCGUUCCUUAUAAAUUCUUGUGGCAACUAAUGAGUUUUUGAAACACUCUCCUAAAAUCCAUAUCAUGUCUGUCAUUUCUUCACGACUAAAAUUCAUUGUUAGGUAACAAUUAUAACAAUAUGGCAAACAAUUAUAAUCAAUAACAAAAAUAAAAACGUACAGAUAAUUAAAAUCUUACAUCUGACAGUUCUUGUGUCAAUUAUUUCAAAGCCACCUUAAACAAGAAACUUGCAGCAAUUUAUAGUUCCCAUUUCUUCGCGGAAAAUUAAUAUCAUUUUGUUAGUAAAUAUAAAAUUGUAGUUAUUGUAUAGAAUUUACCAUAAACUUGGAGAAAAAAUGAAAUGCAGUCUAAUUUCAAUUAUCAUUAACAAACUCAUUGGAGGUUUCUAAUAUUAAGGGUAAUUAAUUUACUGUAAUAAACGUAUCUAUGAGUUAUCAACAAUAAAACUAAAAUAUCUCGAAAAAUAAUAACUUUAGGUAUAGGGAAUAUUUAAAAGAUAUGCAAGUAUAAUUAAAUACCUUUUCGAUGAUAAUAUAAAAUACAGGGUGUUCCAUUUAAAAAUAUCAAGAAAAUUUUUUAUUUGCAUUUUGACUUACCCUGUAUACAAUUUGUGUAGUGAUAAAAAUAUUGUACGUUGUUUCAAAACUACUUUAAUAUUUACCGUCAACAAUAGUAAAAAAAUAAUUUUAUAUUAUACUGUUAGAAUCAUACAGGGCGAUCAAAUCAGUAUGAUUUUUUGAUAAAAGUGCUCAUAACUUUGAAACACUCAGUAUAAACCUAGACAAGUGUUAUAUCUUUUUAUUCAGAAAAAUGUAGAGAAACCAGAUUUUGAAUAAAAUAUAGGGUGUCUCAUUUAAAAAAACAACUUUGGUUUGGCACCGUGUUAUGGAGGACCCUGUAUAUUCCUCACUAAUUUUAAAAUGUGUACAUUAAAGGUGUCUAUAACUUUUAUUAACAACUUUUUUUUAUAUAUUUUAUAUUAACAGAUAUAUUGGACUUUGUCACAGAAGUUGAUCACCCUGUAGACCAGGGGUGGGCAAAUACUUUUAAGCGCGGGCCAAAAUGAAAUUUUCAAAAUGUCUCCCGGGCCGAAAGACUAUACCCAGUAUGUACGCUAAUGUUUUUGGUGGAGAUUUUUCUCUGCCCAAGAAAUUUUUUUGACAGAGAUACUAAAGUAUCAUUUUAAAGCAUUUGGAGAAAUACAUUUGACUGUUAAUAAUAAAUUGUCUUUCUGGUGUGUACAUGCGAACAAUUUGUUCCCAGUAAAAUUACAAAAUUUUUAAUAUGGUCCAUUAUACAGUGCGCUGGAAUAAGUGUUACCCCUCCCUAUUAACUUAUUUAUUUUUAGCACAUAAGCAAAACGCUCGGACAGGUAGUAUAUUCUGGCAUCAAUGUUUCGAACUUUACGUGAACUCUCUUCAGGUGACAGGCAUAACUUUGAUUUUUUAAAUGGGAAAGUACAUCAUGUGACACCUCAUUUAAAAGCUUUUGAGAAAAAUGUAUAAUACUUAAAUCUUUCUUAAGAGCACAAGCGUAAAAUUUCGGUCGAAUUAUUUUUAAAUGCAUUCAUUUUUUGCGGAUCCUGAGAAAACUAAUAUAAGUAUUUUUGAAAGAUUUAAACGCAGAAUGAAAGAUUACAUUAUUACCGAGGGCUGAAAGUCCCUUAAAAUAAACAAAAAGUUUCUUUUGAAUUAUAUAUUUUAAGAUAAAAAUCACUCUUAAUUGUCUAUUUUUUUCACCCCUGUAACUUAUUAAAAUCAUCAUUAAAGAAGUUCCCAGGGACUUAAAACCCUUGGUAAUACCGUAAUAUUUCAUAUUGCGUUUUAAUUUUUCAAAAAUACUUAUUAGUUUUCUCAGGAUCCGCAAAAAAUGAAUGCAUUUAAAAAUAAUUCGACCUGAAAUUUUGCGCCUACGCUCUCAAAAAGGAUUUAAGUAUUAUACAUUUUUGUAAUCAGUAUCUCAAAAGGUUUUAAAUGAGGUGUCACAUGAUGUACUUUCCCAUUUAAAAAAUCAAAGUUAUGACUGUCACCUGAAGAGGGAUCAUGUAAAGUUCGAAACAUUGAUGCCAGAAUAUACUAUGACUGUUUUAAAAAUCGACCUGUCCGAGCGUUUUGCUUAUGUGCUAAAAAUAAAUAAGUUAAUAAGGGAGGGGGGUAACACUUAUUCCAGCGCACUGUAUUAAGCCAUAACAAGGAUCCAGAUAAAACAUGAACUUCAGAAAUUCGAUCAAGAAUAGAGUAAUCAAGAGCAGCCUUUUUGAAGAUGAGGAAAUUUCUGAGUAACCAAAGAUUCAAUCUGCAAAUCUAAUAUCGGAUGGUAAAAUGUUAUGUCAAGUCAACCAUCAUAGACGAAAUUCAAAGGAGACAACUGAUCUGGUCUGGUAUGGUCAUGUACGACGUCAAUGGACGACGACAGGCUGCCAAAACAAAUUUUAAAAUGGACGCCAAGGGAAAGAAGGAAGAGAGGAACGCCGAAACAAUCCUGGCUAGGCGGCAUUCAGAAGGCAAUGUCGGAAAGGAACCUUCACCCUGACGAAUGCAACGACGGACGAAGUUGGAAACUUGCAACCGGAAGACAGAGAACGCUAUAAAAAACCGGGAUAAUAAUAAAAAUGUUAUGUCCACUCUCUUCUUCUUUAUUGGAUUGUUAAUGCUGACUUAAUGAAAAAGCUGCAAGUUUUUCAGAUGUGGCUUUUUAGGGGAAUUAUGAAAAUACCAGGGACCGAUCAUAUUACGAACGAAAUGGUGUUGAACAGAAUGGAAAAGGAACAGAGAGUUUUUGACCAUCAUUAAAAGGAGAAAGAUAUAAUUUGAAAUUAAAAAUCACACUAAAUUUUCUCCUUUUCCCCUCUGUGGUAAACAUUAUAGAAGUUUUCAGGGACUUUCGGCCCUCGGUAAUAAUGUAAUAUUUCAUUCUGCGUUUAAAUUUUUCAAAAAUAUUUAUUAGUUUCCUCAGGAUUCGAAAAAAUGAAUGCAUUACGCUCUUAAAAAAAUCGCUUGCGAGAUUUCUCAAUGGGCCGGAUAAAGUAAGCAAAAAGGCCGGAUCCGGCCCGCGGGCCGGCUUUUGCCCACCCCUGCUGUAGACAUUACACACUCACACUCAUGUAAAAAUCCUUUGUUCUAUUUGUUGUAGUAUUUCUGAAAUUAAAAUAGCAACGUGUA